AUGAAGCUCCCAUUGCAACUAUCAGCGCUAUUGGUGGCAGCUAUGUCUGCGGUGCCGUCCAUGGCGUUUCCCAACAUCGGCGCCCUGAUGCAACGUGGCCCUAACGGAGAAGCCUCGCACUUUGAGAAGCGUCUCCUCUCGGCUGAUGCAACGCAGCUCGGCACGCUCUUCAGCGAUCUUAAGAGCAAGGCGUCAGAGCUCAACGACGAAUCAUACGUCGCCGGGGCGGGCGCCUACCUAGACGUGCAAGUCACCGACAUCACACCGGACAACAUUUAUGAAGCGUUUGGUGUUCGUCGCGAUGGAGGUCUUCUCCCACCAGCUGAAGAUGAGGAUCACCCUUGGCAACCACCUCCUCCUGGCGCUAAGCGAGGGCCUUGUCCUGGUCUCAACACAAUCGCCAACCAUGGCUACCUUCCUCGCGAUGGUAUCGUCAAUCCUAUCGAGCUUCUAGUGGGCACUUUCCAAGGUCUCAACCUGAGUCCCGAUCUUGCAGCGAUCCUGGUAGGUAUCAGCUUUGUCGGUCUGGGCGACCUUCUGCAGAUGAAGCUUUCCAUUGGCGAUCGCUACGGACUUGGUAGCGGACUCAGCCAUCACGGGAUCUUGGAGGGAGAUGGUUCGGUCACACGCCAGGACCACUAUUGGGGUAACAGCUGGGAUGCAGACCCGGAUCUGGUAGAUAUGUUUAUCAACGAGACCAACACCUACGGCAAUGGUAAUGUCAACAUCUGGUCACUUGCCCACUCGCGCUAUCGUGCUUGGAACCACGGUCGAAAGAAGAAUCCGGAAUUCGAUUUCAAUCCUUGGCGCAUGCUUGUUGCCUAUGCCGAAAGUGGCUUCGUACACGAAGCGCUUCGUGGAUCCUAUCUCAAAUUUGACGAGUCGAUGAUUAGAAGCUGGUUCUUGCAAGAGAGGUUCCCCAAAGGUUGGAGUAAGCGUCUCGUGCCCAUCUCGACGCCAGAGGUUUUGGCCUGGGCGGCUAUUAUUCUGGCUGCCAAACCGACGCUUCCAGGAUGGAGCAUUGGUCGGGGCAUGUUCAUUCCUCUGCCGACGUCGGAUGGCGCCUAUAAGGAGCUCGCCUCGUUCAUCGAUCCAAAAAGUACAGGUGCAACGCUCAGUAAUCUGCUCUGCGACGCUGGAAACGCUGUAGUGGGCUUCUUCCCAACUCAGAUCACCAACUUGCUCGGUAACUUUGGCAUACAGGGUGUCGGUGAAGGCUUCAAGUGCCACUGA